GAGAGAGAGAGCUGGUGUUUUAGAGAUAAACACAGUUAUACAGUCGGUACAUGUGGAGAGGAAACGUGUUCAUAAAUAAUAUAUAAACUCAUUAAUACACAUUAUUAUGUCUGUUUCUGGAGAGUUUAAAACCUUCUUCUGCUGAGAGGAGUUGUGAUGAGUUCAGCAGGAGUCAGGCGGCUCUCCUCCAGGAGGUUUCAGGCUCCUGAUCCUGAUCCCUCACAGCUGUGUGAGGACGUGAGAACAAAGACUUCAGAUGGAGGAACGUCCACAUGGUCAGAAGUGAAGAAAGAGCAGACACUGGAGCUGAACAUCAGCAGCCAUGGAGACGACCUGGACACCAAAACUGAAGACAUCUCCAUUAAAGAGGAAGAUCCUGACAGUAAUUAUUUAGUCAGUAUUCCCGAUGCAGGCCUGGGAGUGUUUAAUAAUGGGCAGACUGUUCCAGUAGGUGCAAACCUCGGACCCUACCAGGGAGAGUUGGUGGACAGAGAGGAGGAACAUGUGAACAGUGGAUACUCCUGGGUGCUGAGUGAGAAUGUGAAAACGGAGACCUCAGAUGAAGGAACCAAAGUAUCUGAAGUGUCAGAAGUCUGUGUGAUAAAAGAGGAGACAAUGGAGCUGACCAUCUACAACCAUGGGGACGACCUUGACACCACACCUGACGUUAUCUCUAUUAAAGAGGAAGAUCUGGACACUAACAACAACCUCUACUGUGAGAUCUGCAAAUCUUUCUUCUUCAACAAGUGUGAGGUUCAUGGUUCUCCCCUCUUCAUUCCUGAUACGCCUGUCCCCAGAGGGGUCUCUGACCGAGCCAGACAAACUCUUCCCCCUGGACUAGAGAUUCAAGAGUCCAGUAUUCCUGAUGCAGGCCUGGGAGUGUUUAAUAAGGGGGAGACUGUUCCAAUAGGUGCACACUUCGGACCCUAUCAGGGAGAGUUGGUAGACAGAGAGGAGGCCAUGCACAGUGAAUACUCCUGGGUGAUAUCCAAAAGCUGGCAAUCUGAAGAAUACAUAGAUGGCAAAAGAGAAAUGUAUGCAAAUUGGAUGAGGUAUGUGAAUUGUGCCCGUAAUGAUGAAGAACAGAAUCUUGUGGCAUUUCAGUAUAGAGGACAAAUUCUGUAUCGUUGCUGUCAACCUGUUAAUCCAGGACAGGAGCUCUUGGUGUGGUAUGAGGAGGAGUACGCCAAAGAUCUCAGUCCUGUAUUUGAACAUCUCUGGAACAAAAAGUGCUCCACAAAUGAAGUAAACAACGCUCUGUUGCAAGUCUUUUCCAGCUCAUCAUGUCCUGUUUCCUAUGCAUCUCAAAUUUAUUUAUUUAAAUCAAGUGAGCUUCAGAUACCUUCCGAAGGCUCAAGUAGUCUACCAACAUCAUCUGUUAAUUGUAGUUCUGGAAUUUCUUACAAUAAUUCGAAAUUCACAGAAAUUCACCAUUGUCCAGACUGUGGAGAGGCUUUUAGUCAUCAAUUUGCCCUCAAAACACACCAGUGCAGUCAGGCAGGAGAAAAGUUACAUCAGUGUUCACAGUGUGGCAAGAGUUUUAAUCGCCAGAGUACUCUCCAGCGACACCAACGCAUUCACACAGGAGAGAAGCCGUAUCACUGCUCACAGUGUGGGAAGCGCUUUAAUCGACAGGAUUGUCUGCAACAACACCUGCGCAUUCACACUGGUGAGAAGCCGUAUCACUGUUCCCAGUGCGGGAAGAGUUUUAAUCAGCAGAGUAAUCUCCAGCAACACCAGCGCAUUCACACUGGAGAGAAGCCCCAUCAAUGCUCGCAAUGUGGAAAGAGUUUUAAACGGCUGGAUUGUCUCGAACAGCACCAGCGCCUUCACACAGGAGAGAAGCCAUACCACUGUUCGCAGUGUGGAAAAAGUUUUAUUCGCCGCGGUGAUCUAAAACAACACCAGCAUGUUCACACAGGAGUGAAGCCGUAUAACUGUUCAGAGUGUGGAAAGAGUUUUAUUCGACAGGGUUGUCUUAUACAACACCAGCGCAUUCACAGAGGAGAGAAGGGAUGACCAGAUUUAAUUUCUAACCAGAAUUUUUGACUUUUUGUUGAUUUUAAAUAUAUACUUUUUAUUGUGUAAGGGAAAACAUGAAAUCUUGUAGCUACUAUGUUUAACCUCUAAGAGUCGCAGAUCAUGCUGGUUGAUUCAUGGCAUCACAGAAUAAACUCUGUGACUUUGAGCAUUGCCAUCAACUUGCAUGCUGACUUGAAACUGCUCGUUUUGGUUUGAUGUUGAAAUAAUUAUGAAGAAAAUACUGAUACAACACAUUAUGCACAUAAGUAUGCAAAUGAAAGUUUUUAGGGUAUUUGGAACUUUUGUGGAGAAAAUAAUGUGAUCACUAAAUGCAGACCAAGCUGUAGACGAUGUGCAUGUGUUCAUCGUGCGAGUCAGAUAAUGAUAGCUGCGAUGAUGAACAUGACCACCUGUCUUUAAAGAGAAAGGAGCUGAACGUUCUAUGAACACUUAUUUUUGUUGUUAUUAUUAUUAUUAUUAUUAUUAUUAUUAUUAAUCUCUUUGUAAACUGUGUAAACACUUUUUAUAUGUGUAAUAUGGAAAACACAAGCAAUAAAAGUUUAUAAGAGCUA